UCUGUGUGGGGGGUGGGGCCACGCUCGGACCUUUUCGGUCAGCGCGUGAGAUCAGAUGUGACCUCAUCAGCGCGCGACGCGCCUAUCUUCAAGUGAGAAUGCAGUCUUCAAAUCCAUGGGAGCCAACAGUUGAAAACCCAGCAGCCCGAUUCCUUGAGAGGUGUAUUGGAAAGGGAUUACUGACACAGGACACUUUGGAUUUAAACAAGGUGGAGUUUGGAAACACAGUGCUAUUUGUUGAACGCUUCAGACUAAUAGAUGAAAUUUCACACACCAGGGCAGAACUUGAACAGAAAUCUCUAGAGUUGAAGCUGCUGAAACUGCAGAAUGACACAGCAGAUAUUGCCCACCCAGUGUGUUUGGCUGAGAAGUACAGUCGGCUUCAGUCAAUGAACAGCCACUUGGAAGCGAUCUUGCAGGAGACAGUGUUGCUGAAGCUGCGGUUAGUGCAGCCUAUUUGCCAUCAGUGUCUACCUGUUGAAGCCAAUUGUCACAGGUAUGUCUCUGAAAUCCUGCCCAUGAUGGUUAAUUUCAUUGAGAAACUGGACUCCAAUCUGGAGCUGAUAAAUACCAUUCCUCAGGUGACCAAGAAAGUAAAGAUAAUGGAAAAUCUUGUUGCCAAAAUGGUAUCCGAGAUACUGGAGCUGAAGGAACUGUUGGAGUUGAUCAUGAGAUGGAGAGAGCAGCAGAAGACUGAACUUGAACAUCUGGGAAGUAAAUGAUGACUGCUUUUGGGCUGUGAGAUCAGAAUUAAGCCAUUCGUUAUAAGAAUUUUUUUUUGAAUUUCUAGAUUUUAAUGUAUAAAUUUCUUGUGGGUAAUCUUGACAGCAGAAAUUAACCAGUGGUUGUGACUGCUUCCUUGUAUCAUUGAUUAUGGGAAGUAUCCAGGUCAACUUUCUGAGUUAAACCACAUUGCUGAAACGACUGACUUGACUACCCUCAACAGUCACAAGCUAAUAUGUCAGCAAUGGACCCUUGGUCAUUCCCUAUGGAAAAUAGCAGGCUGGCACAUUUUAUUUGGCAGAGCUAUGCCUGAGAUUGCGCAGGUAGUGAUUGCUUUAUGGGCAUCUUUUCCUGGCAACCUUUACUGCUAUGGUAACUCAUUCAAGUAAGCAAUCUUCGUAUCAGCCCACACAAACAUCAGUAGAGCUGUUACACAGGGGCAGCCAAGUCCAAUUUUGGCCUUGCCCAGUGUUCUGCCCUGUAGUUUCCAGCAGGAAUCAAUGAAUCGUGAUGAGGAGCCGACCCAAGGCUGAUGCUUCCCAGCCUUCCCCAAACAGGAAUGAAACCCAGAACCUUCUGUCAGUGGCUUUGCUGCACUAGGGAAUGUUAUCCCAGGCAAAUAGUGGAUCGGUAGGAAGGUGUUAAUUGAUUCCAAGUGGACACUGCAUUUCAUCAGGGAAAGCAAGCCCAAAACAUACCCAAAGAUUAAUCUUUUAGUGUUGAGUUGUACUAACUUAUUGAAUGUUAUGCUGUCAAUGACCUUGCCUCAAAGGAUAACAUUUGCACACAAUCUUGUGUAUUAAAAAAUUGGGUACAGUGAUGCUUUUUUGUGAAAUUUGUUUUACCAUAUUGAGGCAAUAAAAAAAAUUUACAAAUGUAAAUUAGCAAACAGUGCACUAACUGUAAGCAUAUGAUCAGUGGAGCGGCCACAAGGCGUCUAGUGUUUGAAAUUCUUAUCUCUCCAACCUUCUACCAAUUACCAGGUCGAAAUCAGAAAUGUUUUGAUAUGUACCAUUGGCUUGGAUAGGUGCAGUUGGAACAAUACAUCUCAUGCUUUUGACACCCUCUGGGAUGUAGGAGUUUGCUGAAUCAACAACUUUGUUUACUGAUGUGGAAACACCAUUAGCUUCAAUCUUUGACCCCUUCAGCGACCCCCCCCCCCCCCAAUUUGCACAGGAGUUUGAUUUGGACAUAUAUCAUUGUUCCUUUAUUGCUGCAAGCAGAAUACUGGCAACUUGUGGAAAUUUCCAAAAAAAAAAGGAACUAGACAGCAGGCAAGUGUGGCUGUUGUACAGAUCUCUGAAGUCUGAAUGUUAACCACCUCUGGAACCACAAAUCAAUACUGCAAAUGUAGCAGAAAAAUUUGAGGGAUGGCUCAAACAAAAAAUGUUUGAUAAUUGUGUGGAAAAUGCUUUUGACUAGGGUUGCUGUGAAUGGACAGAAAUACAUAACGGGAAUGAGUAACCGCCCAAGAUAUUUGCAAGGAUGUUACCAAGACUGGAGAGUUAGAGUUCAAAGGAUAGGUUGGGACUUUUUUUUUCCCUGGAGUGUUGAAGGGUGACCUUCUAGAGAUUUAUUAAACCAUGAGAGGCAUAGGUAAGGUGAAUGGCAAAGGUUUUUCUCCUAGGGUAAGAGUUCAAAACUAGAGGGCAUAAUUUUAAUGAGGGGGGAAAGAUUUAAAAGGGAUCUGAGGGGCAACGUCUCACCAUGUUACAUAUAUGGAAUGAACUGCCAGAGAAAGUGGCAGAUACAAGUACAAUUACAACAUUUAAAACAAAUCUGGACAGCUACAUAAAUAGGAAAUUUUUAAAGGGAUAUGGGAUAUGGAGUUUAAUUUAGAUUUAGUGGGAAAGUAAAUAUUAACAGGACUUAUACACUUAAUGGUGUGGUCCUCAGGAGUGAUGCUGAACAGAGACCUGGCUGAACAAAGAGUUCAUAGAUCCUUGAAAGUAGUCACAGGCAAAUAGGAUAGUGAAGGUGUUUGGUAUGCUUUCCUUUAUUCGUCAGAUUAAGUAUAGGAGUUGGGAGGUCAUGUUGCAGCUGUGUGGGAUGUUGGGUUCAGCCACUUUUGGAAUAUUGCAUGCAACUCUGGUCUCCUUCCUAUCAGGAGGAAGUUGUGAAACAUGAAAGGGUUCAGAAAAGAUUUACAAGGAUGUUGUCUGGGAUGGAGGAUUUGAGCUAUAGGAGAGGCUGAGGCUAUUUUCCCUGGAGCAUUGGAGGUGGAGGGGUGACAAAGUCUUUCCCUGAGGUGGGGGGAGUCCAGAAUGAGAGGGCAUAGGUUUAAGGUGAGAGGAGAAUGAUAUAAAAGAGACUAAGGGGCCUCUUUUUCAUGCAGAGGGUGGUGUGUGUUUGGAAUGAGCUGUCAGGAAAUGGAGGCUGGUACAAUUGCAAUAUUUAAAAGUCAUUUGGAUGGGUAUAUGAAUGAGGGGUUUGAAGGGAUAUGGGCCAGGUGCUGGAAAGUGGGACUAGUUUGGUUGGGAUAUCUGGUCAGCCUGGACAAAUUGGACCGAAGGAUCUGUCCUUUCUGUACAUCUCUAGGACUCCGACCAAACACAGGCAACAGGCACCUUGGGAAACCAAGUUGGCACAGAUGAGUUGUGUUGAAGGGUCUGUUUCCAUGUUGUAUGAUUCUUUGACUUUGACACAGGUAUGGGAAAUUAUAGGUUAUGGUUUAUUUUUAAAAUUCACCCAUGAGAUGUUUGUGGCAGUGGCUCGGCCAGCAUUAAUUACCCAUCCCUAUUUAGCUUUGAGAAGGUGGUGAGCUACCUUCUUGGUCCACUGAAGUGUAUUUUGUGUAGUUAGUAUUUGGGAAGUCUUUAAAAACCAGCAGAGAAUUUUUUUUAAAUAAAAGCAAUGAGAGUAGAUGAAAUAUUAGAGUAAACCAGCUAAUAACAAACAGGAGACUGCAAGAGUUUUUAAAAAGUAUAUAAAAGAUGAGGCAAGACUAGACAUUGGACUGCUGGAAAAUAAAAUUGGAGCAGGAGUAAUGGGAAACAGAAUGGCAGAAAAAUGGAUUAGGUACUUUGCAUCUGUCUUCAGAGUGGAAGAAACCAGUAGUAUAUCAGAACUGAGAAUUUAGGGAACAGAGGAGAGUAGUGGCCAUCACUAAGUUGGUGGCUCUGGGAAAGCUGAAAGGUCUGAAGGUGAAUAAAUCUGCUGGGAUUCUGAAAAAGAUAACUAAGAAAUUUGUGAAGGUGUUGAUGAUCUUUUAUGAAUCACUUGAGUCAGUGAGGGUCACAGAGGGCUGGAAAUGGCUAAUGGAGCACCUGCUUAGGGAGGGAGGCCAGUUAGCCGACCUUGGUCAUUGGUAAGAUUUGAGAGUCAAUUAUUAAGGGUGAAGUGUGUGGUAAAAUAGGGCUGAGUCAACACUGCUUUGACAAGGGGAGGUCAUGUCUGAUAAUGUAACAGGGUAUUGUUACUAAGUUUGCAAAUAAUGCAAAAAUAGGUGGAGAGGCAAGUGUUGAAAAAGCAGGGAGGUUGCAGAAGGACUUGAACAGACUGAGCAGAGUAACAGCAGAUGGAAUACAAGGUGGGAAAAUGUGAGGUUAUGCAAUUUGGUAGGAAGAAUAGAGGCAUAAAUACAGAAAAGCAGCAGAAAUCUGAAGCACAAAACGACUCGAGUCCUUGGUUUAAUAUUCUCAAGUUUAGCAUGCAUGUUUGUUUGGCAAUUAGGAAGGCAAAUGCAGUGUUAACAUUUCAUUUCAAGAGGGUGAAAACUGUUAGGGAUGUAUUGCUGAAGCUCUAUAUGGCUCUGCUUUGGGCCUAAAAUUUUAAAAAAAGAGGAUGUUCACGAGUCAUUUCAGGAAUGAAGGAGUGGUCAAGGAUUCUGUAUCUGUACUCAAAGGAUUUUAGAAGGACAAGGAGGGGCUUCAUUGAAACUUGCAGAAUGCUGAGACCUAAAUAGAGUGGACAGGAGAUGAUGUUUAUACCAAUAGAAGAGACUAGGACCCGAGGGUUCAGCCUCAGAGUGAAGGGAAGACUUAAGAAUGGAGAUGAGGAAUUUCUUCAACCAGAGGGUGGUGACUCUGUGGCAGUCAUUGCUGCAGAAGGCUAUGGAGGUCAAGUCAUUGAGUGUCUUUAAGAUAAAUAGUGGAGUUGUUAAACAGUAAGUGAUCAAGGAAUACAGGAGAAUGGGAUUGAGAAACAUUAGCUGAAUAUGGGCUGAAUGGCCUAUUUCUACUCAUAGCUUAUGAUCUUCUAAAUCCUCAACGGGUGGGAUUUUGAGGCUUUGAACCCACUGACACUAAAGUAACAGCAGUAUAUGUUCAAGUCAGGAUGGUGAGUGGCUCAGUGUGAAACUUGCUGUAAUGACAUUCCACCAAGUGCAACCAACUUCUGCAAAACUGGAUUUCCAAAUCAAUGAAAACAAACCAAUACUUAAGAACACGUAUGUCACAAAUCAGUGUGCCUGGCUAAUUUAUUGUUCAGCAUUAAGUUUUGCAUUAAAUAAAAUCAAACAUGUUUAACUUAAA